AAGACUAUGUUUUGUCACUUGAUCGGGAAACUUUUAUUGAAACUUAUUAGCCUUAGAUCAAACUUAUUUUUUGAGGUGAAAAGUAAAAAUAAGUGGGGAUGGGUUUAUUGCAUUUAAUUUCAUUGUGCCCACUCUGUUACCCUACUGUUUGCCAACUUCUUUAAUUGAUCAUUUGGAUACCUUUUUGCGCACACUUAUAAAGCGCAUUCACUCCAUUGAGCACUACAUAUUCACAAAAUGGCAAGAAGAUCAACACACAGUAAAGGAGGAUUCUUGUCAAUUGUAGUGUUUCUUGUUCUUGUAACUGAGUGUUUUUGUGACAUAACCAAGGAUAAACAAGAGUGUGCAAAUCAACUAGUUGGUAUUGCAACUUGUCUCCCUUAUGUUUCUGGUCAGGCUAAGUCUCCAACACAAGAUUGUUGCAUUGGACUGAAGCCAGUUCUCAGGGACAGCAAGAAAUGUCUGUGCAUCCUCGUCAAAGACCGUGAUGAUCCUAGCCUCGGCAUCAAGGUCAAUGCUACCUUAGCUCUUGAACUCCCUCAGACUUGUCAUUUACCUACUUUCAGUGUUACUGAAUGUCCAGGUCUUCUGCACAUAGCACCCAAUUCUCCAGAUGCUAAGGUGUUCAAUGAUUUAUCUAAAGGUUCUCCUGCAACCAAUAGCACUGCUCCAGCUUCUAGUGGUAAGUCUACUGGUGGUGGUGGUGGCGGAACGAGUGCUAAGGACACUAGUGAUAGUGCUAAGGGAAAAAGGUGGUUGGUGGUUCAGAUAUUUUGUGGAGCCUUGCUUUGGUCUUUUGUCUCACACCUUGUCCUUUAACAUGAUUUAAAAGGACAUUAUUAUGUUCAAUUGUUCAUUAUGCUGUGCUUACAGGUUAUAAAGAUGUAUCAUUGUCAUUUUUACUCGACUUUUUUUUCGGUUUCCGGGGUUCUUGAAGGUAUUAUGUUCUUGUAUUGUCUGCUUAAUUCAGUUAUUAGUUGUGAUUUCUGUAAACCAAAUGGGGACCUGAUUAUCUGAAUAAUGUUAAUAAUUUUGUUUUAGAA